CCUUUCAGAUGCUGCUGUCAGUGAUCCUGGCUGCGCUGGGAUUCGCAGGAGGAGCGUAUUGUGUGGUCAUCUCCUCACUGGGGCUGAUUGGGGGUCCUCUGUGUGACACAGGUGAUGGAGAAUACCUCUACCCUUUCAGGAAUGACACUCUUCGAGACAAUUACUUGUUCAACCAGACAACAUGGAGUAUUUGCAAAGAACCUGAAAACAUCAUCCUUUGGAAUAUUGUCCUUUUCUCUAUUCUCCUGGCCAUUGGUGUGAUUGAAGCUAUUCUUUGUUUUAUUCAAGUCAUCAAUGGACUUACUGGUUUCAUAUGUGGCACAUGUAUGAGGAGAAGAAAGACAAAUAUUUCUGGGAUGUGAACGACCUACAGGAAACGCCAGGACAAGCACCGAGCUGCCGAUUCACAUACAAUAAGGAUAGUACACUGUACUGUAUUUAUGGGCAGACAACAAAGAAAAACCAAAAUGUUCAGGAGUUUUCGGGGGUAAAACGAAUUUUUUAUAAAAGAGGUCAGGGUGGAAAAGGGCUAGAUCAUUUAGAUCUGAGACUCCACAUUUUCAUCUCUCUAAAUAUACCUGCUAAACCGGUAGCGGCAAAAACAUUAAUCUACCUGGUCCUGACUUCUGCACUUGUGUAUAAAGCACAGCAAUCUUCAGAUAAAAGAUCAACACUUGACCUCUUGUGCAUGUGGGAAAUGGAACUGUUGUUAAUGUAUAUAUUUAUCAACUGCAUAAAGCAGGCACUCUCUGGUUGAUGUAAAUAACCUCCUGUCCUUCCCAAAUCCCAGUGUGGUCUCACCUGUUCCUUCCUAUUAACUUGCUAACUGUGCACUCACAGAUCUGAAUUAGGAUGAGCAGAGAAUAUAUCAAGCAGUGUUUGAGACACUGCAGAGGCAACUGAAGAACACAGCUUUCAGCUUCCUUCAGCCACCCUGGAGCCAAAUCCCCCUGUGCCAUUCGGUAGCUUGCUGUCAUGUUUGACCAAGUCCAGUGCACUUCUAAAUCAGUUCUUCAGGAGCAUCUGAGAGAUGCAGGAGCCUUUUAGAGGCAUUUGGGCCAAUAUAGACAGCAGGGUUUGGAGCAAGAGUUUGAAACAUCUGGUUUAACACAAGGGUGAAAACAAUUUUGCCCUCAUGAGACUACAUAGGAAUUUCGCUAACUUCCACAUAGGUCUGUAAGGCUGUUCUAGAAUAGAUCAUAUGGCCAAACCAAUUAACUAGCUAAAGAUAGCAAAAGGUAAAGGUAGCAAUUAUGUGCAGUUUAGUAAAAAAUAAAAGAUAUAAUCUGAUGGCAACCAACUGCAUCAGUUUUAGUGUUAUAGCAACAGUAAUCCCAAUCAGGAACUG